GCCCUGCGGCGGGGACGGGCGCCAUGCGGGCCCCGCGGCCCUGCGGCGUCUGCGGGGCGGCCGGGGCGGCCAAGUACCGCUGCCCGCGCUGCGCCGCGGCAUACUGCUCCGUGCCGUGCUGCAGGAUACACAGAGAGCGAUGCACGCCGGAGCCGGAGCCGGAGCCCGGGCGCUCGGCGGCGGGACAAGCCUCCCCCGGCGGGCCGAGCCGCCCCGCGCAGCAGGGAGCCAGCCCCUGGUCGGUGGAGGACAUCCUGACGGAAGAUGCUGAGCAGGACCGCGUCCCACUGCAGAAACUCAAGCUUUUAGGGGAAUCAGAAGAACUUCGAGGCUUGCUUCUGAACCCACAUCUCAGGCAGCUGCUACUGACAAUCGAUCAAGCAGAAGAUAAAAGCUCCCUCAUGAAGAAGUACAUGCAGGAGCCAUUAUUUGUUGAGUUUGCAGACUGCUGUUUGAGAAUUGUUGAACCUCCAGAAAAGGAGAACAUUCUUCCUGAGUGAGCUACUUUGGGAACAUUUUUCUUUCCUGGAGAACUUUUUCCCUCUGGCAGAGAGAUUUGGCAGCACCCUGUGCUACUGGGGUGCACCAUUCUGUGUGGUUCCUCACGGUUUGGUCACACUUUGCUCUUGGAUGUCAGUGCUCUAAUUUUCAAUUUCGAGUUGAUAAACAGUGACAUAGUGUUGGACAGAUUUCUGGAUACUAGGAAUUAAAGUUCAUAUUCUGUUAA